GUUACUGUCAUUUUAAUUUUGAUGUAAUUAUUAUAUACAGUACCAAAUUUUAAUGGUAACACAUUGUUAAUUCAUUGUUAUUAUAGUUUAGAGGCAGACCCGUGAACAAACUAGAAAAUCAUUAAAGGGAUAGUUCACCCUGUCAUAAUUUCCUUAUGUCGUUUAAAUCCUGACUUUCUUUCUUCGGCUGAACAUAAAAGAAGAUAUUUUGAAGAAUGUUGGUCACCAAACAAUUUUGGACAAUUAUGAACAAAAAGACACUUAUCAUAAAGUCUUGUAGUCUAUUAAUGUAUUUUUGGAAUGUCAUGAGGGUGGGUAAGCGAUGACAGAAUUUACAUUUUUGGGAGAACUAUCCCUUGUUUUCUCUCUGAGCAGGUCCAAACAAAAUGUCACAGAUGGAUCUCCUCAUCACAAAUGUAGCUGAGCUCCUCACCGCUGCUGUACAGGAGGUGUUGCAGCUCAUGGGUCAGGCUAUGUUAGAGUAUCAGAAGGAGUCUGCCAGAACACGCCUGGAGAACCAGAACCUCCAGCAGAAGCUGAAAGAACUCCAGGAGAGGAUGGCUGGGGCUUCAGAUGAAGUCCUGAAAGUCUCUUUUGCCAGAGAUCAGCUUCAUUUAGGGGAAGAUUAUGUGCAGGAAGAUCCUGUUCAUCAUAGAGAUUCAGUAGUGAGCAAGGAGGUUCUGAGUGACAAUCCUGUUCAUUUAAAGCUCGUUUUAGAUGAUAUUACUGUAGGCAACCAACAUCAUUUUCUGCAAGGGACCUGUGACUAUUCUUUGACGACGCAAAGACCCCUCUCCAUCGAUAAGAGUGGCCCUCCGAGAAGAAUCCCAAACCCUUCACCUGGCAGCAGAGAGACUCCAGUAACCAGCAACACUGAGACCCCAUUGGGCUCAAACAAAAUCAAGGUGGAAUCUAAACCAGAGCUUCUGGAAUGUUCUGUUACGGAAGAGACAGGCAAUGCGGCAACACAAGCUCCUGUUGUUCCCAUGCAGGAUGCAAAUGAACUCAACCAGCAGCCUGUUCCCACCUUUUCCAACAAUGUUGUCCAUUAUAACCAGCCAUGUAAAUUACUAAAUUCUACUUCUAAACAAAUUCUUAGGUCACGGGUUGAGAAUACAGUCCAUACAGGCGAUGUUCACAGCGCUCCGAGCAUGAGUGAAAGCAGGGAGUUUCUGCACAGCUGUCAUGUGUGCGGUAAGACUUUUGCGACUCCCUCCAGCCUCGGAGCUCACUUUGUAUGCCAUUCAAAUGAGAGACCUUUUGUCUGCAAGUGCUGCAAGUUCAGGUUCAGUCGUUUAGCUGAUCUGAAAAAGCACGAGCGCAUUCAUACAGGAGAAAGGCCAUAUAACUGUUCUCUCUGUGGACGGAGAUUCAACCGAACAGAGAAUCUCAAAAGACACUUGAGGAAGGUUCAUUAUGGAGCAGCGCUGUGAGCUUUAAAUUCACAGCAUGUGUCUUUGCUGGUUGCAGUAUGAUAAGAGCAUUUAUAUAAUUCAGUUUUCCGACUUUGGAUCACAACAUUCAUUUAUAUCUCACAAUGACAGAUACAACAAUAAUAUUGUUUUCUCCCACAUUAAUAUGAUGCAUUGCCAACUGUUUGCAUCAGACUGAACUGAAAUAAAUAUAUAAUCUUUAUCAAUGGUUGAAAUAUGAUACAUUUGUAAUUAUAAAACAACACCAAAGGACAAUACAUAUGUGGUAAAACUCUA